GAAUUUUAAUCAAUCCUCACGAUUUCUCGAAAAAAAAAAAAACCCUAAAAUAUAAUUUCACUUCACGCAGGCGUCGGUAACAGCAUGCACCACACCCCACGGCAGCAGCAGCAACUUCUUCCCUCCUUUAGUCUUCAAAUCGAGUCUUCAGUUCACGCCAUUUUCUUAUUCUUCUCCUUUACACCAUUUUUUCCCUUCAGAUUUCAGUCCAGUUCACCUACAACUACUAGCGUAAGUUUCUCACAAAGUUCAAGAAGUAAUUUAAUUUGGAGUAAAAUUAAUAACUCUAGAAAUUUCUCCUUUCAAAUCGAGUAUCUCUAACCCUACAAAAAAAAAAAAAAAAAAGAAAAAAAGAAGAGAUUGGCUGACAAGAAUUCUAAGACUCGGUUUUUACUGUUUAUAUUUGAAAUCUGCGCGUACGUUCAUUACCUGGAAAUCCCUGUUUCUAAGGUGAUAUAAUUUAUGCGGGGUACUCUGGAGCGGAACAAGUUUCAUUUGCAGCUCAAAUUUCAAUUUACACUCUUAGCUUUUGCUUUAUACUGUAUUGGAGGGUAAGUAUUUGCAUCUAAGAUGAAGAAUUACAUUAUGAAAAUUAUUUUGUGUAGUAGCAUUUGCAUUCAUUACGCACUCUAGGAAACUAUUUCUGCUCUCAGCAUGCGGCGUUUGCUUAAUUUUGUAGGCAUCCUUUAUUUGAUAUGACAAGUUAUGCAUUAUUGAUCUUGGAAAAUUAUUUGAGGACAAUACUGGGGAAGAACUUUGUUUUUCAUUUACCAGGUGAGAGAAUUGUGGAUCUCUAAGGCAAGGGCAUUAUUUGGUAGCGGCUAGUACAUUGGAAGACCAAAAUACUUCUGAAUCUAUACGAAGGCCCAAAUGGGCAGUUCGAGAGAGCAGUCUCCAGAUUGGAUGCGAUCUUUCCAAGCACCAGCUGGUGUUGCUCUAUCCUCUAAUUCUGAAUCUUCAAAGAAUGAUAGCUCAUCAAUGGACAAUGCAGUUGAUCAAAAGGGUCCAUCGUCAAAUAAAACCACACAGGAUUUAGAUGGAGAUCAGAUCCAAGGGGAUUGUGGCAACCAUAAUUUGGCGAAGGAAGUGAAACCUGAGGAACAUACAGACCAUGAAAACUCAAAGCACUCUGUUUGGAUGUUAUCAUCGGAUUCAGAGUCAUGUCCUGAUAAUAAUUUUAUAAAGGAAAAUUACAGUCAUCAUGAAGAAUUAUCUGAAUGUGCAACAUCUCAGUUCCAAGGGAGAGGGAGAGAUGAAAAUGCAGGUCUCAGAUUCACUGAGGGAAAAUCUAAAUCAAGUAAAGUAUCAAAUAAAAAGUCUCCAAAAAAACAGGUGAAGUCACAAGUUUGCACUUCAGUCAAAGAGAAGAUAAUCAACUCCGAAACCAAUAAAGGUGGUCUUAUGUUGGAAGGAUCUGAAUACUAUGUAAGAAAUGGUGAAGAUGUGGAUAUCAUAGAAAAAGAUGCCUUGGAUGGCUGCAACGGACCUCCUGUUUCCUCCUCAAGGUUGCCAUUGGUGUUGUCUGACAAAGUCCAUAGGUUGAAGGCACUUGUUGAGUGUGAAGGAACUUCAAUAGAUUUGAGCGGUGACAUGGGUGCUGUAGGACGAGUAGUCGUUUCAGAUUCCUCAUCUAAAAAUGAACUUUGCCUAGAUCUGAAAGGUACAAUUUACAGAGCGGCAAUAGUUCCUUCAAGGACAUUUUGCAUCGUUAACUUUGGUCAGUCGGAGGCAAAGGUCGCUCUUUUAUUCAACUACUAUAUUUUUUAUAAUAAUGAUAAUGUGAUAGAAUCUAUCAUGAACGACUUCAUACAGUUGAAGGCACUGUCCAAAGUUGACGAGGCUGAAACUAUGAUUGAAGGAACAUUAGAUGGCUUCUCAUUUGAUUCCGAAGACGAGGCUGAGAAAAUACCUAAAGUCACUUCUUCUCCAACUGACCAAAAUGAGCCUGUAGAAGGGCUCAACACAAAAUCCAAAAACAAACCCGAGAAAUCAUCAGGGCGAAAGCGUGUUAAAAUUGGAGGAAAGCUGCAAGCACCGAAGAAAACAAGGAAGAAAGUUCAAGGUUCUAAAACUAAAAGUACAAAGAGCAAGAAAUGAAGUUCGAAAUCUUUGCUUGCCCUUAAAAGGAAAAUAGUCGUUUCGUCCGAAUAGAACAAGUGGGUCGUUUUAUGGGAUAACUUCGCCCUCGAGCUUGAGGUUUUAAUUUUUUCACAGUAGUACCUUGAUUGACUUCUGCUAAGAGGCAAAGCGAAUGAGAGGCUUCGACCAAUGCUUGAAAGUUGAAAUGCAAUAUUUCCUCUCCCGUCUCCUUGACAAGAAGUUUAAUGGUUUAAUGAAUGAUCAGACUCUGAAGUUCAAAAUUUUAUCAAUCACUGGCUUCGGUUAUCUAUUUCUCUCGCAAGUCAAGUACUCAAAUCCGUUGAUCUCCUGUGUCUGUUUCAUGAAUCCUUUUUAGAUAGAACAUUUCAACUAGUAGUUGAAUCAAAACUCUAAAAUGAAUUUAGAGAAAACUCUAAUAUGAAUCUAUCAGUAAUUCAUAACUAUUUUGACUUGA